UUGAGAAUUACUUUUUUUUUUAGUGAUAUUUUGUAAUGAAAAAAGUUAAUGUAGUAUGUAAUUAUGAUAGUUGUUUUUAAAUAAUGAGUUAUGUAAAAGUAUAACUGAAAUUAAAAUAUAUUUAUUGUUGAUUAAUUUGAAAAUUUAAAUGGUUAGGAUAAAAAUAAUGUUUAUAAUAAUAAACUGUCAAUUAUUUAUAUGUAAAGAUAUUUAAUAAUGGUUGUCAAUCAACGAAAAUUGAAACAAAUUGGGUUUGUUGUCUUCUGUAUAUUAUUAGGUUUAGGAUUUUAUAAAGGAGUAUCCAACAUAGAAAAUGGACCAUCGUUGGCGAUUUCAAAAAAACUAUCACUUGUCAGUGAUCGUGAGCUAGAUGAUAAACGAGAAAUAAAUUACCAAGAGAAUGAAGUAAUAAAUUCUGUAAAUAACAAUAAUGAUGAUCUGCAAGAAAUGAAAAAUCGUAUCCACGAAUUGGAAGAAAAAAUAAAUCAAAUGGAAUCUCAGAUAGAUAAUCGUGUGCCGAAGAGAUUUCCUAGUGUUAAAUUUUUGAAUUAUAAAAAUAGAAGACGGAUAUUAAUUACUGGAGGUGCUGGCUUUGUUGGGUCUCAUUUGGUUGAUCGGUUGAUGCUUGAAGGGCACGAAGUUAUUGUUGUGGAUAAUUUUUUUACUGGAAGAAAACGCAACGUCGAACACUGGGUUGGCCAUGAGAAUUUCGAACUGGUUCAUCAUGAUAUUGUUAGACCAGUUUAUCUUGAAGUAGAUGAGAUUUAUCAUCUUGCUAGUCCUGCUAGUCCGCCUCAUUAUAUGCAUAAUCCUGUUAAGACUCUUAAAACUAAUACCAUCGGAACUAUUAAUAUGCUCGGACUGGCAAAACGAGUUGGUGCUAAAGUAUUAAUUGCAAGUACGUCUGAAAUAUAUGGAGACCCGAUGGAACAUCCGCAAUCAGAGACAUAUUGGGGCCAUGUCAAUCCAAUUGGGCCUAGAGCUUGUUAUGAUGAAGGAAAACGUGUAGCAGAGACACUGAGUUACGCUUAUAUGCAUCAAGAAAAUAUAAAAGUACGGGUGGCGCGAAUUUUCAAUACCUACGGACCGCGAAUGCAUAUGAUUGACGGCAGAGUUGUGUCAAAUUUCAUCCUCCAAGCGCUGCAGAACGACUCAAUAACGAUUUAUGGCAAUGGAGAACAGACUAGAUCCUUUCAAUAUGUUUCGGAUUUAGUUGAUGGACUUGUAACUCUUAUGGCAUCUAAUUACACCCAGCCAAUAAAUAUUGGUAAUCCUGUAGAACAUACUAUUGAAGAGUUCGCUAUGAUUAUUAAAGACUUAAUCGGGGGUACAAGUAAAAUAAUAAGACUUGCUGCUGUCGAAGAUGAUCCUCAGCGGCGCAAACCAGAUAUAUCACGUGCUAAAAAGUAUCUUAAUUGGGAGCCUAAAGUAUCAUUGGCAGAAGGGCUAAAAAAGACAAUUGCAUAUUUUGUUAAAGAAUUACAAAGGACUAAACAUUUACAAAAAGACAUGGCGCGUGUUCCAUUUGUUAAUGAUCACGAUAUAGUCGAUCAGUUAUAAAUAUUUUAUUAAAUUUUAAUUUAUAUGUUUUUAUAAUAUUUUGUUUAUAAAUUUAUAUAAAUAUUUAAAGAACAAACCGGUGAAACAAACAGUGAAGUAAAAAUUAUUUUUGUUAAUUUUUUUUUUCCAGUGAUAGUGUCAAAGAAAGUGUACGAUUAAUAUAAAUUAUUAAUUUAAAGUCAACCGAAUUGUGAUGUAAAAAUAUAAAUUUAAAAAAAAAACAAGAUUACUGUUAUUGUAAAAAAAAUUUUGACUGACACUGUAAAUAUCUAAAAAAUAAUUUAUUGUUUAUAAAUAUAAUAAAAGUACAUACGUAAAUGUAAAUGAAUGUAUGUUUAUGCGAUACGAAUGUUGACCUCUACGAGAAAGAUAAAAAAAAGAAUCUAUA